AUGGACCCAAAGAUCAUACGUAUAGGAUGUGGUGCAGGCUACCAAGGCGACAGAGUACCACCAGCACUCAAGUUGGUAAAGGAAGCAAAGUUAGACUACUUGGUACUGGAGUGUUUGGCCGAGAGAACACUGACUGACAGUAUCCGACGUAUGAAGAAUGGUGGCAAGGGCUUUGAUCCACGUCUGAAAGAGUGGCUAGAGGCACUGCUGCCGGCAGCCUCACAGAACAAUGUCAAGAUCAUCACAAACAUGGGCGCGGCAGACCCCAAGGGCGCAGGCGAGGAGGCUCUGGACGUCGCCAACGCACUCGGAAUUGACCUGAGGAUCGUUGUGGUGAGCGAGGUUGUUGGCGACAGUGGCGAGCUCAAAUCGAUAAGCACCAUCGUCAAGAAAAGCUCUGCCUCCUCGAACCAACCCCUGUCUAAGCUCGUCGCCAUGCCAAGUUCCAACGGCUUCUCCGUAGUCGAUAGCAACUUCAACGAUGAAGAGAAUGAAAACUGGGAAGUUGGAUGUACAUACCUUGGCGCGGACGCCUUGAUAGAUGCUCUCAAGCUUGAUGCUGACCUAGUUGUAUUCCUCUUCGAGUGGUGCAUCAUCGCCACCUCAAGACUAUGGCCAUCGCGUCCAUCACACGCUGAACAACCAUGUGGUCCGCUACCAGGGCAACGGCAACAGUGCCUGGCGCAACCCUCUGUAUACAAUCAUCGACACGGCUCGCCUGUCCGGCCGGGUGCUGCUCUACAACAUCGCGCACUCAAGGAGUGGCGACAAGGGCGACAUCUCCAACAUCAGUUUGAUACCAUACAACCCAGC